AUACUGCCUAUCAAAGGAGAACUUAAGGCAACCGACAUUUUCUUGUUGGACUUGCGUGCAGCAUAGAACAUAGUCUGUUGCUGCUGCUGCUGCUGCUGCUGGUGCUGCUGGUGGGAUCGGGAAGAUUACCAAUGAGUUUUGAAAAGCUCUAAAAGACAAUCAAGGAUAGAGCAGCAAUUAUUCAUCAUCACCUUCCACCAUGAGUUCUUCCAUGCGAGAGGAGCUCACUUGUCCCAUUUGCCUUCAGCUUUACUUAGACCCUGUGACUCUCCCCUGCGGACACAACUACUGUCAAGUGUGCAUGUUGCAGACCCUCAGCAACACCGAUACGAAGCUGAAAUGCCCCGAGUGUCGCCUGGAGUUUCCGGGUCGCGAAUCCAUGCAGAAGAACUUCAAACUAAGUAAUAUCAUCACUGGCUACCUAGGAUCAAAUUGCGGCAAUCAAGAGGAGAAAUUGCAGGGGACAGGCCAACCGUCCGCGCCUCCUGCAGACGAGGCAUCCUGUGCGGAAAAGGAGUGUAGCAUCCACCAUUUUCCCCUUGUGUACUUUUGCUCCACCGACGUGACCUUGCUGUGUUCCAAGUGUUUCAUGGAGGGGCUACACCAGGGCCAUGAACUUCUCACCUUCAAUAUUGCUGAGAGCGAAAUGAGGCAUGCCCUUGAGGUCCGCAGCAAAGUUGUUUCCAACAGGCUACAGAUGACUAACUUCCUGGUGGAACGCGUCAAGGAGCAACAGGAUCAUUCUCAAGCCGUUGGAGACAAACUGGUUAACAAGGCCAUCACAACGGUGGAAGUCAUGGCUAGGCUGAUCGAAGGGUACCGCGAGAGACUACAGACGCUCCUGGAUGAGAAGCAAAGCCAGAGUCGAAGCAGCUGGCAGGUGGGCGUGGGCUCGCUGGAGGAGCAACAGAAGCUGCUAGUGGAUGCCCAGCAAAGUGCAACCGAGGCCCUCAACAUGACGGAUUCAUGCAGCUUCAUAAACCAGUUUAUAAUGAUAGACGAGAAGCUAAGGUUGGCUGCCACAAUCCAAAUUUCCUGCAACAUCCCCGCAAACGCUCCACUUACCACCAAGCAACUGCAGACAGGCCUCAGGACCGAGGCCUUCCGAGCCGAAAUGAGCCGCCUUGCUGAGUACCUUUGCCUCCUUUUCAAUCCUUUGGAGCUCACCUUCAACUCGAGCACAGCCCACCCUAGCCUGCAACUGAGCAACGAUCUGCGCACGGCCAAGUACAGCGAAACCAAGCAGUCAUACACUGAGAAGAAGGAGCGCUUCACCAGUGCCCCGCAGGUCAUGUGCAACGAGGGCUUUUCCAGUGGCGAGCAUAUUUGGGUGGUGGAGGUGGGCCCAGACAGCAUGUGGUCACUAGGGUUGUGUUACAAGAGCAUCCCUCGACGCGGCGACCACAGCCGACUGGGUCACAACUCAUUGUCCUGGCGGCUCCAGUGGAAAAACGGCAAACUGACGGCGUGCAAGUCCUCAUCCACUGUAGUCCUGCGUGAAAUGGCAAGUCAGCCGCUGAAGAUUGAAGUGGGACUGGACUAUGAGAAAGGCACUUUGACGUUCCAUAGCAUUAAAGGCCAAAGAGAGCAUCUCUACACGUUCAACGUUGCAUUUAAAGAGACUGUUUACCCAGUUUUCAGCAUUCACUCCAACACGCCAGACUCUUGGAUCACACUCCAGUGUGGCUUGUAAGCAUAUCUGUUGUGUCUCAUACGCCAUGGUGAAUCUGAGUGUCAGUUUAUUAAAAUGGCACCAAGGUGAAAAAUCCUUGGUGUCUGCAUUUUAGAUUCAUUACAUUAACUCAAAACUUAUAUUCUAAAAAUAUUUAUACUCCAUCUAGUGCAACUACUGUUAUGUGUCACUGUAAUUAAGGAAAUACAACCAGAAUCAGAAUCAGCCUGAUUAAUUUAGCACGAUAACAUUAAAGAAUCAUGUAAAAAGAGCAGUCAAAUCAUAGUUUGUUUGUUUACAACAGAGACAUUGUUCAGUAUCAUUAUUGAUUGUUUAGUUGUUUUGAAUAAUAUUCUUGGCUUUCACAUUUUUUGUUUCAUUUAAAAAAAUAUGUAUAUUGUUGAUUGCUAACCCUCAGGAAAUCAGCCAUGUGUUUUUCUUGCAUUGUGAUUUAUAGAUACAAAUAAAUGAAAAUGAUA